AUGUGUGAUGCAAUUGAUUUGAAUAGGGUUGGAGGAGUCAUCAAGACCAUAGUGAGGAAAAGCAAGUCAGAUGCUGUGGCUCCAACAGAAGAUUUUCGAGUUGUUGAUGUACAUUAUAUGAAGGCAUGCUUGCUGAUACUAGAGAAUUAUUUGACACUACACGAAGAUAACAAUAUCUUCACUUUUGAGCUUGGAAAGGGUAAUGUUAUCAAGGCUUGGGACAUUGCAGUGAGAACCAUGAAGGUCAAUGAAAUUGUCAAAAUAAAAUGCAAGCCGGAAUAUGCAUAUGGUAGUGCAGGGUUUCCACCAGAUAUUAUCCCAGAUGCGACACUUGUUUUUGAAGUUCCAUGUAGUUCGAUAGACCCUCCAUUCUCCUAA